AUGCUCAAGACAGCCUUGGCCUCCUCGUUGCUCCUCGCGAGCAACGUCGCCGCCCUCGAUGCCGUCAUCGUAAAGGGUACCAAGUUCUUCUACGAGAACGGAACACAGUUCUUCAUCAAGGGUGUUGCGUACCAGCAAGACACUGCCGCUGGCGGUGACACUUCCUCCACCACGGACACUUACGUCGAUCCCCUGGCCGAUGAGGACAACUGCAAGCGUGAUGUCCCCCUUCUCGCUGCUCUGGGCACCAACGUGAUCCGAACUUAUGCCAUCAACCCUGACUCCGACCACUCGGCCUGCAUGCAGCUGCUGUCCGAUGCUGGCAUCUACGUCAUUUCUGAUCUGAGUGAGCCAUCUCUCUCCAUCAACCGAGACAGCCCGGCCUGGAAUGUCGACCUGUUUGACCGCUACAAGGCCGUUGUCGACGACUUGAGCCAGUACGACAACGUCAUUGGUUUCUUCGCCGGAAACGAGGUCUCCAACAACGCCUCCAACACGGACGCCUCUGCCUACGUCAAGGCUGCUGUUCGUGACACCAAGAACUACAUUGCUGAGAAGCAGGCUGCUGGUGGACGCUGGAUGGGUGUUGGUUACGCUGCCAACGAUGAUGCCAACAUUCGCCACAACCUUGCAGACUACUUCAACUGCGGCAACCAGAGCGAGGCCAUUGACUUCUUCGGUUACAACAUUUACUCUUGGUGCGGUGAGAGCAGCUUUGAGGCGUCUGGCUACAGCGACCAGGUUGACUUCUUCUCCAACUACUCCGUCCCCGUCUUCUUUGCUGAGUAUGGUUGCAACACCCAAGGUGGCGCCGAAGGCCGUACCUGGGACGACACCACUGCCCUGUUCUCUGACGAGAUGACUGGCGUUUUCUCUGGUGGUAUUGUCUACAUGUACUUCGAGGAGGACAACGAUUACGGUCUGGUCGAGCUCGACGGUGAUGAUGCUAGCACCAUGGAGAACUACGAUGUCCUGUCCAGCAAGAUCGCCGCCGCCACUCCUUCCUCCACCUCCAUGGACGCUUACGAGGCCACCAACUCUGCUCAGUCCUGCCCUGCUACUGGUGAUGACUGGCAAGCUGCCGAGGCUCUGCCUCCUACCCCCAACCGUGAGCUCUGCGAGUGCAUGUACGCUUCUUUGACCUGCCAGCCUUCCGCCGACCUGGACACCGAGGACUACGGCGACAUCUUCGGCUACAUCUGCGCCCAGGAUGAGGAUGCUUGCUCCAGCAUUAAGCACGAUGAGUCUUCUGGUGUCUACGGCCCCUACGUCGGUUGCAACUCCACUCAGCAGCUCGGUGCCGUUCUCCAGGCCUACUACGAGAACCAGAACUCGGCCUCCACUGCUUGCGACUUUGAUGGCUCCGCCACCAUCAACAGCGAGCCCGUCAGCGAUGACACUUGUGAUGCUCUGAUGGAGGCUGCUAGCUCAUCCGCCUCGGUUGCUGCUACCGCCACCGGUGCCUCCUCGACCUCUGGAUCCUCUUCCACUGCCAACUUUGCUGCCCCCGUUGGUAUGGACCGCGCCUUCACCGUUGGUGACUUUGCCAUUGGUCUGUACACCCUUGUUGCAGCUGCCGUUGGAGUUGGAAUGAUUGCUCUGUAA